AUGUGCAAGCCACCGCUGCUCGACAACCAGGCUACACAUGCAGACGAGGCUGACGAGCCAGAGGACCUCCAGACCGCCUCGGAGGACUCCGCUCUGAAGCACCGGCUCGACCUCCAGACGGGCGAAGACGGGCUCUCUGACGAGGAGGCGGCGCGCAGGCUGCUGCAGCAUGGGCGGAACGAGCUGCCGGACCUGCGCACGCCCAACACCCUCACCGCGCUCCUCCUCCUCAACGGCUUCGUCGGCUUCUUCGAGGACAUGCGCGCCGGCGACGCCGUCGCCGCCCUCAAGGUUGGAGUUUUCUGA